CGCAAACUUCCGGCUUCAAAUUCUCGUCACAACAAAAUCGCUGCUCUAGAUCUCGUUAGAGGGGGAGCCGCCUUGGUCUGAUGCCGUCGUUUAGCGAGAACAAAUAACUGCCGCCUCCAUUCUUGCAUGUGACAGUGUGGGGUCAUGAUGGAGCAGUCGCCGAUCAACCGCCGCAAGAACAAUGCCCGUGGCCAGCUCUGGCCCGAGGUGUUGCGGAAACACACCAUCCGCGCCGAUCUGGCCAAGCUGGAGUGGGACGAGAUUGUGCGCACCGGCCGCAAAACCACCGAGACGCGCCGUAUACUCUGCGCCCGCUGGAACGUCGAGUAUUCGCUGCUUUGCCGCUGGCUGCGCGGGAGCCGCCACCUCGACUACCGCCGCGACCCAGUGCCCUCCACCGACCCUGCCGUCCUGGCCACUGCGGCGAGGGCCGCCCGGGAUUUGCUGCUACCGUACCCUGCGCUGUACCCUGCUCAUGCUCAUGAUGCCGAACCAGAAUCCAGCCCCCAGGCCUAUCCUCAACAGUCCCCAACGCCAACGCCAACGCCAACGCCAACGCUCGCGGCCGCGACCUUUCCGCCCGCGCCUCGUGGCCCCGGCAGGCCCCGCCGACCCAACGGGACGCCGCGCCGGCUGAACUCGGUAGCCGUCCGGGCCGCCGAGAACUCCUUGGGCCCGCCAGGCAAUGCCUGGCCUGGUGAUGAAAACGCACUGCUAAGCGACAGCGAGGAAGCCGUCAUUCUCCUCUGGUUCCGCUUCCGGCUGGAGGUCGCCGACCUGGUGUCUGUGCCUGAGCUCGUCGACGCUGCCAACCUGGCCAUCUCGGUCAGCACCGUUGGGAGCGAGGCAACCGCCUCCUCUCAGACCAUGGCGCCGGCAACAGGGGCGCGUGCGGCUUUUCCGCCCUGGGCCCAGGAGUUCAUGCUCUGCCGUACGGAUCUCUUUUGGAGCACCGUCAAGUACGGCUACUCCAGCGAGAAGCAGCGACCGGAGCCUGACGAGCACUCUUUCUGGAGCUGGUUCUUUGGCCCCAGCGGACCAGAAGACAAGACUCUGAAACCCCGCGGGCCCUAUCUCAAUCAGGCUAAUGCCAACGCCGCUGCCGCGGUCUCCAUCUAA